GAGAAAAAAAAAGUGAGCGGCGAUGCUGCCCCAAAAUUCGCCGUCGCCAGUGCUGCUUCCCGCGAGAGUAUAGAGAUAGACGAGCUCUGCUGUCCUUUCCUGCCUUCAUCUGCUCUGUUUAGAAUCCCCGUGUUCCCGCCACGGUCCGUUGUAGUGGGACAACUUUCAUCCAUCUUCCGUCCAUACAAACCAUCAGGGUGACGCUGCUCCACACAUCGCCAUCCCCUCCAUGCAUUUCGUCCUCGUUCAGAGGUCCCCUCACUUCUAGACCCCUUUCCCCCACCGACAAAGACCAGACUCAGGUCAAUCAACCCUCGCUCCUGUCACGACCAGACUGGGCUUUUGAAUGCUAGAAUCGAACAAAUAGACGAUACCCGGAGCGUCACUCCCGCUGGCUGCCCUCACCUCCUCCUCUCCCUCACCGCCCGCUCCUCGAGAGACCCUCUGCCCAAGAUGCGUCCCGAAAUCGAGCAGGAGCUUGCUCACACGCUGCUCGUCGAGCUGCUUGCCUACCAGUUCGCCUCUCCCGUGAGGUGGAUUGAAACACAAGAUGUCUUCCUCGCCGAGAAGACCGCAGAACGUAUUGUCGAGAUUGGACCGGCAGACACGCUAGGCGUUAUGGCCAGGAGGACGCUCGCCUCCAAGUAUGAGGUGUUCGACGCCGCCAAGUCGCUUCAGCGCCAGAUUCUGUGCUACAACAAGGACGCCAAGGAGAUUUACUACGAUGUUGACCCCAUCGAGGAGGAGCCCGAGCCCACUCCGGCAAGCUCCAGCAGCGCGGCCGCUCCCACUGCUGCCAGUUCCGCCGCCCCUGUUGCGGCCGCCGCUCCGGCUCCGAGCGCAGGUCCCGCUGCACAGGUCCCUGACGCACCUGUCCAGGCCGUCGAGAUUGUCCGUGCCCUGAUUGCACAGAAGCUGAAGAAGCCGUUCCUGGAGGUUCCCCUCAGUAAGGCCAUCAAGGACCUUGUCGGUGGGAAAUCCACCCUCCAGAACGAGAUUCUUGGCGACCUAGGUAAAGAGUUCGGCACAACACCAGAGAAGCCCGAGGACACCCCGCUGGAUGAGCUUGGUGCCGCGAUGCAGGUUACUUUUGACGGCAACCUUGGCAAGCAGUCACAGGCUCUCAUUGCCCGUUUGAUAUCUUCUAAGAUGCCCGGUGGUUUCAACAUCACGGCCGCCAGGAAAUACCUGGAGACACGUUGGGGCCUGGCCUCGGGAAGACAAGAUGGCGUUUUGCUUCUCGGAAUCACGAUGGAGCCUCCCGCUCGUCUCGGCUCCGAGGGCGACGCCAAGUCUUUCCUGGACGACGUUACUCAAAAGUACGCGUCCAACGCCGGCGUCAGUCUGUCCACAGCUGCUGCUGCUGGACCUGCGGCUGGCGGCGGCGGCGGCAUGAUGAUGGACCCCGCCGCCAUCGACGCCCUGACCAAGGACCAGAGGGCGCUGUUCAAACAGCAGCUUGAGCUUCUUGCCAGGUACCUGAAAAUGGAUCUGCGGGCCGGCGACAAGGCCUUCCAAGCCUCGCAAGAGUCCUCCAAGAUUCUCCAGGGUCAGCUGGAUCUUUGGAUGGCAGAGCACGGCGACUUCUACGCCGCCGGCAUCGAGCCCGUUUUCAGCCCCCUGAAGGCCCGCGUCUACGACUCCUACUGGAAUUGGGUGCGUCAGGAUGCCCUGAGCAUGUACUAUGACAUCCUUUUCGGCAGGCUCAAGGCUGUUGAUCGUGAGAUCGUAAGCCGCUGUAUCGCCAUCAUGAACCGGUCCAACCCCACGCUCCUGGAGUUCAUGCAGUACCACAUCGACAACUGCCCCACCGACCGCGGAGAAACUUACCAGCUUGCCAAGGAGCUUAGCACCAUGCUGAUCGACAACUGCAGGGACGUCCUGGAUGUCUCGCCCGUGUACAAGGACGUGGCUGUACCUACUGGCCCGAAGACCACUGUCGACAGCCGCGGCAACCUUGUCUACGAGGAAGUCCCCCGAGCCAGCUGCCGCAAGCUCGAGCAUUACGUCCAGCAGAUGGCCGACGGCGGCAAGAUUUCUGAGUACGGCAACCGCACCAAGGUCCAGAACGAUCUGGGUCGCAUCUACAAGCUCAUCAAGCAACAGCACACAUUGUCCAAGACGUCCCAACUUGAGAUCAAGUCGCUGUACAGCGAUGUCAUUCGCUCUCUGGGGAUGAAUGAGAGCCAGAUCAUCCCCAAGGAUGGCGGCAAGGGCCUGGGUGGCAAGCGGACUAGUGUGAAGCCUGGCCACAACAAGGGCAAGGUUGAGACAAUCCCCUUCCUGCACCUGCGCCGCAAGACGAUGCAUGGGUGGGACUACAGCAAGAAGCUCACAGGCACGUACCUUGACUGCCUCGAGCAGGCUGCCAAGUCGGGGGUCACCUACGCUGGCAAGUACGCUCUCAUGACUGGUGCUGGCGCCGGUUCCAUUGGCGCUGAGGUCCUGCAGGGUCUCAUCGCUGGUGGCGCCCAUGUUGUUGUCACAACCAGCCGCUUCUCCCGUGAGGUCACGGAGUACUACCAAGCCAUGUACGCUAGGUAUGGCUCUCGCGGUUCACAGCUUGUAGUAGUGCCGUUCAACCAGGGCAGCAAGCAGGAUGUCGAGGCUCUUGUUGAUUACAUCUACGACACAAAGAACGGUCUCGGCUGGGAUCUGGACUUCGUUGUCCCUUUCGCAGCCAUCUCCGAGACCGGCCGCCAGAUCGACGGCAUCGAUUCCAAGUCUGAGCUGGCCCACCGCAUCAUGCUGACCAACCUCCUGCGGCUGCUUGGCUCUGUCAAGACCCAGAAGGCUACCCGCGGCUUCGAGACCCGUCCUGCCCAAGUCAUCUUGCCUCUUUCCCCGAACCAUGGCACCUUCGGCAGCGACGGCUUGUACUCUGAGUCCAAGCUCGCGCUCGAGACCCUCUUCAACCGCUGGCACGCCGAGGACUGGAGCAGCUACCUCACCAUCUGCGGAGCCAUCAUCGGAUGGACCCGUGGAACUGGUCUCAUGUCUGGCAACAACGUCGUCGCAGAGGGUGUUGAAGCCUUCGGUGUGCGCACAUUCUCACAGCAGGAGAUGGCGUUCAACCUCCUCGGUCUCAUGUCGCCAGAUAUCGUCGAUCUGUGCCAGAGCGAGCCGGUGUUUGCCGACCUCAACGGCGGUCUUCAGUUCAUUCCCGACCUGAACACCGUCAUGACCAAGCUGCGCAAGGACGUUAUGGAGACCAGUGAGAUCCGCAAGGCUGUGACCAAGGAGACUGCCAUUGAGGACAAGAUCGUAAACGGCGCAAACUCGGAGAAUCUUUACAAGAAGAAGGUUGUCGAGCCACGUGCCAACAUCAAGUACGACUUUCCUCACAUCCCCGAGUGGGAGAAGGAGGUUGCCCCUCUCAACGACAGGCUCAAGGGCAUGGUGGACCUGGAGAAGGUGGUCGUCGUCACUGGCUUUGCUGAAGUCGGCCCCUGGGGUAACUCGCGCACUCGAUGGGAGAUGGAGGCUUACGGCGAGUUCUCCCUUGAGGGCUGCAUCGAGAUGGCCUGGAUCAUGGGCCUCAUCAAGAAUCACAACGGUUUCAUCAAGGGCCGGCCGUACUCGGGCUGGGUCGACGGCAAGUCUGGUGAGCCUGUCGAUGACAAGGACAUCAAGUCCAAGUACGAGAAGUUCAUCCUGGAGCACUCGGGCAUCCGUCUCAUCGAGCCCGAGCUGUUCGGUGGAUACGAUCCCAACAAGAAGCAACUGCUUCACGAGGUCGUCAUCGAGGAAGACCUCGAGCCUUUCGAGGCAUCCAAGGACACGGCCGAGGAGUUCAAGCGCGAGCAUGGCGACAAGGUCGAGAUUUUCGAGAUCCCCGACUCGGACCAGUACACCGUCCGCCUCAAGAAGGGUGCCGGCCUUUGGAUUCCCAAAGCACUCCGGUUCGACAGGUUGGUGGCCGGCCAAAUCCCCACGGGCUGGGACGCCAAGCGGUAUGGCGUGCCCGACGACAUCAUCUCCCAGGUCGACCCAGUGGCUCUCUUUGUUCUUGUCUCAACUGUCGAGGCCCUUCUCUCGGCAGGUAUCACGGACCCGUACGAGUUCUACAAGUACGUCCACGUAUCUGAGGUCGGCAACUGCGUCGGUUCUGGGAUGGGUGGCGCUGCUGCUCUUCGGGGCAUGCAUCGUGACCGAUUCUUGGACAAGCCUCUCCAGAACGACAUUCUCCAGGAGUCUUUCAUCAACACCAUGGCCGCCUGGGUCAACAUGCUUCUGCUCUCGUCCUCGGGCCCCAUCAAGACCCCCGUGGGCGCUUGCGCGACCGCCGUCGAGUCGGUGGACAUUGGCUACGAGACCAUCAUGGAGGGCAAGGCCCGUGUCUGCUUCGUCGGUGGUUUCGAUGAUUUUGGCGAGGAAGGCUCGUACGAGUUUGCCAACAUGAAGGCCACAAGCAACGCGGUGGAUGAGUUUGAACACGGCCGCACCCCCAAGGAGAUGUCACGCCCGACGACGACGACCCGAAACGGCUUCAUGGAGUCGCAGGGCUGUGGUGUUCAGGUCAUCAUGACUGCUAAGCUUGCCCUCGACAUGGGCGUUCCGAUCUACGGCAUUCUGGCCCUCACUACGACGGCAUCCGACAAGAUUGGCCGCUCCGUGCCGGCCCCCGGCCAAGGCGUCCUGACCACUGCCAAGGAAAAUGCCAGCAAGUUCCCUUCACCUCUGCUCGAUAUCAACUACCGUCGCCGGCAGAUCCAGAUCCGCAAGCGACAGGUCGCAAACUGGAAGGAGUCGGAGCUUGACUUCCUUUCAGAGGAGGUUGCAGCCAUGCGGAGCACCGACCAGGCCUUCGACGAGAAGGAAUAUGUCUCGGAGCGCACGCAUCACAUUGAGAAGGAGGCUGCCAGGCAGGAGAAGGAGGUUCUGCGCAGCCUCGGAAACCACUUCUGGAAGAGUGAUCCCAGCAUUGCUCCUCUCCGCGGUGCCCUGGCAACAUGGGGUCUGACGAUUGAUGACCUUGACGUCGCCUCGUUCCACGGCACGUCGACCAAGGCCAACGACAAGAACGAGUCGUCGGUCAUUUGCCAGCAGCUUGCCCACCUCGGUCGCAAGAAGGGCAAUGCGGUCCUCGGUAUCUUCCAGAAGUACCUCACUGGUCACCCCAAGGGUGCUGCUGGUGCUUGGAUGAUGAACGGUUGUCUGCAGGUGCUCAACACCGGUCUGGUUCCUGGCAACCGCAACGCGGACAACGUGGACCAGGUGAUGGAGCAGUUUGACUACAUCGUCUAUCCCAGCCGCAGCCUGCAGACGGACGGCAUCAAGGCAUUCUCGGUCACGUCUUUCGGUUUCGGCCAGAAGGGUGCUCAGGCGAUCGGUGUGCACCCCAAGUACCUCUUCGCCACCCUGGACAAGGCCCAGUACGACGAAUACCGCGUCAAGGUCGAGGCCAGGCAGAAGAAGGCCUACCGCUUCUUCCACAGCGGCAUGAUCAAUCACUCUCUAUUCGUGGCCAAGGACAAGUCUCCAUACACGGACGAGCAGCUGAGCCAGGUGCUCCUCAAUCCGGAUGCCAGGGUCAAGGAGAACAAGAAGACGGGCCAGCUCACCUUCCCGAGCGACUUCAUGAAGCAGACAUCGGCUGAGAAGCCCCAGUCCAAGAGCACGAUCGAGAUGGUGGAGGCCCUCGCGGCGCAGGUCCAGAGCAAGACCAACAGGGUCGGAGUUGACUUUGAGGACAUUGAGGGUAUCAACAUCGACAAUGAUACUUUUGUGGAACGCAACUUCACUGCUCAGGAGAUCGAGUACUGCAGGCGCAGUGCGAACCCUCGGGCGGCAUUCGCCGGACGGUGGUCUGCCAAGGAGGCCGUCUUCAAGUCGCUGGGGGUUGAAAGCAAGGGUGCAGGCGCUCCGCUCAAGGAUAUUGAGAUUGUGAGGAACAGCUACGGUGCCCCCACUGUACUGCUUCACGGUGAUGCUGCCAAGGCUGCUCAGAACGCCAAGGUUAAGGAUGUCAGCGUCUCCAUCUCGCACACUGAUACCCAGGCUGUCGCCAUUGCGGUGUCGUCUGUCGUCAGCGCCUAAGCUAGUGUCCUUUUUGCUGGUUCUCACGAUUUUCAGCUGUAAAAUUAUUUGGUCUGUCACGCAUGAUUUAGGCGAUAGGCCCUAAGCUAGAGUAGAAAAAGGCUCAGUUGGCGUUGCGGUGGUUGUCAUGUUUACCUCGGCCUUUCGUAAUGGGUUUAAUUUGCUGGAGCAUGCUACUUGCUGUUAUUCAUGUCCCACGACAGCAUUUCCGGGGCGACUCAUACCAAGGAUGACAAGGAGGAGCAUAGGAAGCAAGGACAUGAUUUAUAGACUAAUCGGAAUAGAGACUUGGGAAUGAAGUGAGGUAACAUGGUACAAGAUAGUGAGAACAAGAAAGAGCAUGUUGUUGCUCCAGUGAGUCCUUUCAUUCUCGCCCCA